AUGAUGCAUCAGCAGCUUUACUCCGAGCCCAGUCAACCCCCUCCGGCAUUUGAGAACAAUGCGGCACAUAGCGAUGCCGCCACCGCCAUGGCGCGGUCGGCGAAGAGACAUGCGGCGUGUGACGAGUGUAGAAGUCGCAAGCUGAAAUGCUCGGGGGAGCCAACCGGCUGCACUCGCUGCGUCAAACAAGGCCUCCCUUGCCACUAUUCAGUACAGAAACAGAUGGGACGCCCUCCCAAGAAACGGGUGCGAGAAGACAACGACGAUCUACCUUCCUUUGGCCUACCAUACAAUGGGCCAUGGACCAACGAUUCAGACUUGACCUCCCUCGGAUCAUCAACCUUUGGAACAACCGAGAACACGCCGUCCAACUGCACAUCGCAACCCAGUCCUCAUACUUUCUUUGCAGAUGGCAACGACAACCACGCGGGGCAAUUUUUCCUCAACAAGCCCAUAGACACAAUCCCUACGACAGUUAGCCCUUGGCCCGAUUUCUCCGAUGUAUCCUCGUCAUCCGCCAAUCUAUUCACACCACCGCCCGACUUGUCCCAGAUGCAGUUCCCUCCUACCUCCUCCCCGGACUCGGAUUCGUCCGACCGCCAAUGCCCCUGUCUCUCCUGUCUAUACCUAUGUCUCAGCCACCUUUCUUCCCUUGCGCCGUUCCCAGUCUCCCACAAUACCCUGUGUUCCUUAUAUAUUGGGGCUAGGACUGCCCAGGCAGUUAUCCGCUGUCAAAUAUGUCCGAUGCGCUUCACGACAGGCAUGCAAAACGUCACCUUCACGGGGACCCUGUUAACAGUCAUCGCCGAUACCUGGCUACGGGUUUCCAAAGCCAAUGCCAUGGAUCUUGGCCGACAGGCGACACCGCCUACCUAUGCAGCGACAAUCGAUAGCUCAUCGGAUCCCAUGGAAGGCUGGAAGGACUGGCUGCGGCAAACCGUGCGACACGGUGUUAUCGGAGGACCAUAUGACCCGGCUGGUCUGCCCGUGUGCUCAGACACCGCCAGUCUCCUUGCUCUCAUUGAAGAAAUGGAAGCACGUCAACGACGGUGGCAUCAAUCACAUCCACUGCCAGUCGAGGAGCGCCAUCUUCCUGUGCCUGAACUAGGCUCUUCAUCAGAGGAGGAAUCGUGCCACGAGCGGGAUGCGCUCUGUAUGCGCAUUAUCCGAAGUGCGCGCGAUGUCAUCGCCAAAUUCAAUUUCGAGCCAUGCGAUUACCCGGAC